AUGCGCUACGCCUGUCUUAGUCAUUGCUGGGGCAACCCUGAAGAGGUUUGCCAGACACGCAAAAGAAACAUUCCAGAUUACAAGGACAAGGUGCCGUUGAACUCAUUGACUGCGACCUUCCAGGAUGCAGUCGAUAUUUGCCGCUUGCUGGACAUCAAAUACAUUUGGAUCGACUCACUUUACAUCAUCCAAGACAGUCCAGAAGACUGGGUGAGUGAGGCAUCAAGAAUGGCUGAUAUACACGAGAACGCGUACAUCACCAUCACAGCCACAAAGUCUACGGCUUCGUCGGGAGGCUGCUACUCGGAGACGCCAAACAAGUACAUCGCGUGA